UGGUAUACAGUCUGAUAUACCAUGGCUUUCAGCCAAUCAUAAUUCAGGGCUCAAACCACCCAGUUUAUAAUCUUUGAUAAAACCCACUGUUAGCACGACGUGUGCUUUUAUUUUGAAAUGUUAAAAUAUUUUAUUGUAUUUUUAUUACUAACGACAAAUCGAUAUAAAAAGUACAUGUCGGAACACAAGUCUAUAUAUAAACAAUAAACAAAAGACAAACGUUGAAAUCAACAUCCCGGAUAUUGGUCACAAUUACGUCAAAGGUCACACGAAAUAAAACAUUUUUAUAACGAAUUCGUUUGAAAGUGUUCACUCGCAGAUGGCAUGGAACCCGGACAAAUUUCAGUAGAAAUAAAAGUCCUCCUAUCAAAGUUCCUUCCAGCCAACUCCGAGAGGGAAAAGAUAACCGAUUGAAUGGCAAGCUCGAAUUUAAUAUAAAAAGACUGGGACAAUGGAAAAACACUGCACUUGUAGUCUCUGUGGUUUGGAUACAAGGGACAAUAAUGGAAGUUCGGUUGGAUCACAACACGGUGCUUCUUUUGGACGAGACAGGGACAUUCGUUGUCAAUGGCGUCAACAACAUUCCUAAGGGCAACCCAUGCCUACUUCAGGGUGAUUCACUUUAAUUUUCCUUCUAGCUGCAGCUAAAAUAUGUACAACAUUUAACAAAACCCUUGAUUUGUUACCCCGAUUUUACACAUGUAAUGGUGAUGAUCCAGGUCCUCUCUCCAGAACCUGUCCAGCGCGCGGUAAAGAUGGCAGACCUCUCUGAACGCGCUGCGGUUCACAGAAGAAUGUGGAAGUUGGAGGUGGAAGACCUUCAGCAAACGCUCACGUAGAAAGAAGCAUAAGCAGUCUCCCAAGCAGAACCGUAAGACACCAAAAUCAGCAAGGGAUCAUACCACACAGUCCUUGUCAAGUCCCCUGUUCUGUGACAAUGCUCUGAGUCACCUUCCUGUUGCAACAUGUACAUCACAGACCACAGCCCCACUACUGGGGUGGUGACAUUCAUAGUGAUCCUCAUUGCUGUUGCUGCCCUCGGUGUUCUCAUCUGCGGAUGUUGGUGCUACCUGCUCCUGCAGCGGAUUGGCCAGUCUGAAGAUGAGGAGAGUAUUGUAGGAGAGGGCGAGACCAAGGAGCCCUUCCUGAUGGUACCGUACUCCACCAGGGGCCCACACAUCGAGCACAAAACCAAGCUCACCCACAACGGCACUGAGAAUCACACUUAACUGAGUCAUUAAAAAACCGUGGUCAUCACCUAAUAUUAACCAAGAGGAUCUCCUCAUUCACAUUUCAUCAUCUUUCAUCAAGCCAUUGAAGGAUGAUAAACGGACUGCAGCUCAAUGUCAAUGUCUUAGGAAAUGUGAUAUUUAUGUUUCUCAUUCCACUGUGUGGAUCUCAGUCAUGUGUGAGGUUGUGAACAGUUCAUUGUUAUGUUUCUUAAGUGUACAUAUUUUGAACACAAAAAUGUACAUCUAAUUGAUAUUGAUAGUUUUUGUUAACUCAGCAAUCCACUGCUGAAUUUUGACGAUAGACACAAGACAGCGCUCUGACGAAAUGAGUGGGCCAAACCUUCUUCAGAGCUUGUUGGAAGAAUGUAUGGCAAAUUGAUGACAAAACAAUUGACUUAAUAUCAAGUUGCUCAAAUUAUUUGAAAUUAGCUUAAUUUGUUUGUUUAUUUUGCAUAGUUGAACUUGGUUUUGUUUUCUCCUGUGGUUGCACAGGAAACCACUCAACUAAAACCAGUCAUUGAAAGGGCAAUUCUCCUUUGAUAAACCAUCAUAUUUCACAAGCACAACAGGGUCCAGGGUCUGAGUUUUAGUGAGGUCCGCACUCUAAAAUACUAUUUGGAGAACAGCAAAAAGUUGGCCAUGAUUGCUACACCUUUACAUAGCUGGCUAGACUAAUUUAACAAUCUAAAAAAAAUGUAAUUGAUAUGGGCUACUUGAGUGACAGUCAGUGAGGGACAUAUAAGAAGAGGGAAACUGCUGAUGCACAACCAAGUUCGAAAUUGCACCUUGUGUAUUCUACUAUUCCAACUCUCAACAGUAAGUUGAGACCCCUACUGUUCCUAAAAAAAUGAUAGAUUAUUAUAUAUUUUAUAAUGUUGGCAAGGUCCGUACCUCGGUGUCCUCAUAUAUGUAGCUACAACACAGUAGCUGCUACAACUGACAUGGGUUGAGAAGUCCUACCAAGAAGCUACCAAGAGCCAAUUACAUAUUUUCUAUAUUCAGUUGCAGCAUAGGAAAUCUUGAUGGAAAGAUUUUAUGGUAGCUGAGCAGGUUGAUAUUUGAUGAAACAAUGUUAUAAAGUAUUAUGAAAUGUAAAUAACAUUAUGAAGACUAUUGUUCUCUUUGUCAUUUGAUGUACCAUUGUAUCAUUUCCAAAUAAACUUUAAAUGUUA